AUGAAUAAUGACAACACAAAAGUGUACGUAAGAGUGGCAGGUAAACGACCUGAAAAUUUUGUCGAAACAAAACCAUUUAUUUGGGAUUCUCGUCGAGAUAAGAUUCUAUGGACCAAAAUCUCAAAAAUUGACUCGUUAGAGGAUAUGGAUUGGCAGGAAUUGGGGGCUGAUUUAGGUGCACCAGAACCCUUUCUCAAAAAACGGAGUUAUACUUUAUUUCAAAAUCAACUAAAAGUUUUAUCGAACCAAAUAGACGUUACAUCUAAUACCCGGUCCUCAUCAGAGUCACGAAAUUCCGUUGACAACAACAUUCUCCAAAAUUUACAGGCAUCAAGAAUAAUGAAUCAUAAAUUGGAUAAGACGGACAACUUAGCCAAUAAUCAAGAGUCUAGUAGUGAACUUUCGAAUUUAAGUGUGAGCAAGUCAGCACUUGAGGACGCAUUGAUGGAUUGUUUACAACUCUGA